AUGGCAGUGAGGGCAAAUAUUGAAGGGGCAGAGAAGGGGCUGAUGAAGAUCAAGCUGAAGAACCCAGAUGGGAAAAACAAGAAAGAGGCAGAGAAAAUGGUGAAGUUGAAGCUGAACACAACAGAGAAAGUGGAGAUAAAGAAGAUCAUGGUCCUGGAAGAGCCACACCAACUCUCAUGGUUCAAGCCAAAAGCUGCAAGUGUAUUUCCCGCCAAGAGAAAAUCAGUGAAACGCAUGAUUUUUGAUCGUUUGGUAGUCUACUUUGGCUCUGUGGUUUCUCACUCUGCUCCUUCCUCAUCAUCAGCGGUUGGAGUGGCCUCCCAAACCCCACAAGCCUGA